AAAAAUACUUCACCAGGUGUCACCAUAGACCAAAAUAAGUUCCCGUUUUAUUGGAAGUCCUAUCAAAUAAUGAAGAUCAACACACCAAAAAUGGCUACACCGAUUGAGGAAAUGCUAGAGCAAAAUUUAAAGAUAAGAGUGGGCAUGGUAAAUGUCAGUGAUGGAAAGAGUAAUCCCGUUUUGAGUCGCUUGAAGUUGACGAUGGAGCUAUUAAUUUUGCAGCGUCUAGAUUCAUCAACACCAUCAGCCAUCUUAUCAAUUAAUUCAGAGGAACGGAUGGUGCAAGUAAGGCGUGACAAAAAAAGCGGCUUAGGUUUGAGUAUAAAAGGCGGGGCCGAACACAAACUGCCCAUUCUUAUAUCCAAGAUUUACAAAUAUCAAGCUGCCGAUAUAACGGGACAACUGUAUGUAGGUGACGCCAUUUUGAAGUAAGUUCCGAAUAGAGUUGCCCCAG